CAGCAUCACAAUACCAGUACCUUCAAACUUUUCGCCUCACCACUUGCUAAAAUAGUAACCAUAUCAUAUAUGUAAAUAUUAUAUCUAGCUGCCUAGCUACCGUGUGGGCUGGCUGGCUGACACAGCAAGGAGCUGGUAGUUCGGAGGACAACAGUAGCUAUGGCAUAUUUGCCUUUCAUUCAAGUUUUCUCUUGGGGCAUCCAACCAAAUGCCCCUGAAAGGUGGGACGUACCAGCAAGGUACCGGUAGGAGCCAUCAUAUACCGGUACACUUUGAAGGCUCCUCCUCGUUUCAAAAACCAUUUUCCGCGGGACCACACCAAACGAGGAAGUCAAAAUCUGCAACUCGCAAGGGAGUUGAAUCCAAUCAUUCACACAAACAUGGAUGGAUUUUUGUCUCCCUGGUAUCUUCAAGGCACCUCUACCUGUGUGGCUAGCUAGCUAGCGAGUAGCCAUCAGAAGACCGGUAUCCCCAGACUUGCUCGGACUUCUUUUUGUGUUCAAAGUUAGUACAGUCGUCCUCGUAGGGAACUACCGCCAGCGCAGCCAUUAAUCCAUCCAAGUUGUUUGCCUGUCACACACUGCGAGAGUGCCGCGGGUAUGGAAAGAAGGCCGACCUCAAAAUCACAGGCAAGCAAGUUGCAACAGUACCGGUACCGGUAUGUGGCGUGCACCUCCGGGGCAACAAAAUGGCGCACCUCUUGCUAUCGUAGUACACUAAGUGAUGGAGAAAGGAGCUGCUCAAACGCUCUCUGGGACUGCAAACCUCCCUAAGUGUUCCGAGCCUAUCAAAAAAGUAGUAGUUGGUUCUGAAACUACAGCGCCAAAACUGUCAUGGUGCCUAAAUGCGGAAUUUGGAGUGCGCUGCGAGAGACCAUUUUCCCAUGUGAGAGUCCGGGCCCUCACGAAAACCCAACGGCAACCACACCAACCUGGCCGUUGAGAUGAAAUCGACCAGUUCCAAGAUUGCUCACAAACUUUCUCUAGCUAGCGUCAACGAUCAUAUCGACGAGCAAGAGAGACAACCAGAGUGACUGUGUGAUUUUGCAAUUAAUCGAUUGUUAGGAAAAGCAUCACCAUGAAGUUCGCGCCACUCUGCCUUGUGUUGGCGUUGAUUGGACCCGCCUUUGCUUUGCGGGGAACCAAAGUUCGUCGUGCACAGGAUGCCUUCGAGCCCGAGGCGCUCCCCGUAGCCGGCGACGUCGAGGACGCUGUCGAAGACGUGGCGGAAGAAGCUGUGGCGGAAGAAGCUGUGGCGGAGGAGUAUGAAUGGCAAACCGAAAACCCACAGUACGAUGGACAGGUUAUUGGUGGCUACCAGGUUGAGAAGGAGGGAGUACAACCAUUCCCAUUUCUUGCCGAAGAUGGUCAGCUGUACGAAGACGCAUCCACAUAUGAUCCUUGGGUAAUGGACAACAAUGGGAUGUAUGUUGCAAUGGACCGCAGGAAGAGCAGCAAAGGGAAAAGUCCUAAUUCAAAACCAAUGAACCUCGCGCCAGAUUCCCUUUGCACGAAUUUUUGCCAGCGUUACUUGAACACGUGCGAAAGUGCCAACCAUUUCUUCAACCCCGAUUCCCCUCGUGGACCGGGUACCGCCCGAAGACGACGCCUUGAAGAAGUGAAAGACAGGUAUCAAGACAAAAUCAACACCAGGCGUGACCUGGCCCAAGGAGAAAUGGAUAAACUCUUUGAAGAAUUGAACAUUGGCGAGGAUGUCCGAGGAAGAGUUCAGGAGAUAGUGGAUAAUGCCAUUGAUGGAGAGGAUCACAAAGACAUGAGACGUCGACUUAUCGAGGGGACAACUUUUGCUCAGCCUCGAACUACAGGUAGCGUCUACGAAGCCAGAGAAGACUGCGAGGCGACAUGCAUGUUGUAUCCUCGCCCCAUCAACCCCCGAGACUACAUUGGAGUUGACGAGCAACCUGGACUCGGGGCUCCACAAGUGCUGGGUGAUACAUUCUGGUGCAGGGAUCAACAACUUCGGUUAGCUGAGUUGAAUAGGAACAACUACGGCGCCCAAGUGUACUGUCCAAGGGCAAGUCCAGGAGGCGGCGGGUUUUGUACGAAUGUUAUCUUUGAUUCUUCAAAAAGUCGACGUGAUGAGCUUGAUACCCCACUUCCAAACCCCGCUGCGCGAGCUGUGAACGCAACUGCGUACGAAUUUCUGCGGGCGGGAGCUGACACUGGAAGGCAUCUUGGAUAUUGCCGAUACUACUUUGAUGAUUUGGUGGCCGACUGCACCAAUGCAGGAAUCGACGACAGGUCGUUGCCAUUGGCGUUGGCGAUGAUUUCUCCCAAGGCCCAAGUGAUUAUCCUGAGCAACAAUGUUGGGAAGCCCAUGCCUGGUAACCCAGGCGGCCCUCUGCAAGGAAGUGGUAUCACCAUUUUGCCCAACAGGACGUUUGCGAAUCUCCUCCAGCCAACGAAUAUUCAAGCUGUGAUCAUUGACGACGGAAAUAUCGAGACCGUGGAGCCAACGGCAUUCGGUGCGCUUACCAACGUGGUAAUGAUUAGUUUGAACAACCAGAGGAUCACGCGACUUUUUGAUCAGAACUUCCAGAGUAAUUUGGUUCUCGCGGACGUCUCUAUCGUCAACACCGACCCUCGAAAGGAGGGCAAGCUGACGUUUCUCCCAGACCUGCUUUUCCGCAGAAAUCCAUUCCUUACCAGGGUUCUCAUUUCCGGACACCCACUCCUCACGACCAUUCCAACAGACUUCUUCUUGUUCUUUUUGAAUGGGGCAGCGGUUGAAUUCAAGUUUCUGGUCCACUUGGAUUUAUCCAACAACGGGCUGACCAACACGGGACUAAGGCCCAACGAGAUGCGUGACUUUGUCAUUUUGCAAACGUUUGACCUCUCUCGCAACAAUUUCCAAACGUUGGAAAGAGCUUGGUUCGACCAGAUUGCUCCCAUCGACGGUUUGCCUUGGCCCAUCUUCUCGCUAAGGAAUAUCUACUUCCACGGAAACCUCGAUUGUACACGGAUCGAAGAUUUUGCCCUUGACAGUGUCCUGACAUUGGAAACUGCCACUAUGCACGACCUCAACAGCAUCAUUACCAUCCCUGUCGGUCUCUUCACGCUGCAGUCUGGCGAGUUUAGGAACACUCUCAUAUCGUACACCAUCUCGGAAGCCUUCCCCAGCCGUUAAACGAACACUUUGUCUGUGUCUGUUGUUGCUUGGACACCUCGGGUAUAUGUUUGUUUUUAAAUGAUAACUUAUAAUAACAAUAACAAUGAACAGUUUUUCAUG